UUACUGUAAAUCUUGUUGUAAGAGUCACACUGAUGGGAGAAAACUAAAAUAACUUUUUAGAGGAGUUCUAGACAAAAUACAUUGCCGAUUUCUUUCACUUUUAUUUUUCCCAUAGCUUAUUGCUUAGAAUGAAUCCGAAACACAGUUUGCGCUGCUAUCAAGCCUGUUCAGAGUUUAUACUGGUGUUUCUCUGGUUUCCUCAUACAAUAUUACGCAGCCACUUGCUUUGCCAAACCCAUCAACCCCGAGUCAGCCAACGGCGAUUCCACCACUACCAGACAAAUUGCUAACACAUCCUUCUGGUGAAGAAAACCCCUUUCCCACCACCAAACUGCUGCUUUUCUCCUGCUGUAACCCCCCCAGGAUCACAGGGAAGCAUUUUCCCCAAGAGGGAUGGAGCCCUUUGCUCCUGUCUCCCAAGUUCCUGGCUUUGGGGCCACCAGUUUUGCAUUUAAGAGGUGUCCAACCACCAUCUGCUCUCAGCAUACACUGUGAUUUUCUUUACCCCUGGUUUUCACGGGGAGCUCAGCUCAUCUAUUUGCACACACGGUCGAGGAGCGCUGGCUGCUUUAACCACCUCUAAAAAUCUGCCUGAGGGUGUAUUGAAGCGCUCAGAGUUGGCAACCGCUUCAGAAAAUACUAUUUGCAAGCAAAAUUGUUAAUUUUCCAGAGAAUGAAGCUGAGAAAUUGCUGGGAUUCACAUGAAUAGAUUUUUAAGGGGAAACAUUAUCUGCUUGGCUGCCAGUAAUAUUUCAAGAUCUAGAUGGGGCUGAAAGCAGGAGCCGAGCUCCCUUCUGGCUCACGUGGAUGAGAGCCUGGAGGGAGAACGGGGCCGAUGCUGGCCCUCAGCCCAGCAGAGGUGCUGGGACUGCCUCUCCUCCCAUCACUGAUCAUCCCACCUGCUUGGUGAGGCUGGAGGGGCUCCUUGAUGAGCAACCGAGAAGGAGGGGUAAUUGCCGAGAGGCUGGGACUUAAUGGCAAGAGAGCAAGAUGAGAGGACAUCCCUCUCAACCAUGGGAUGGCUUUUUCCACUUAUGCCCAAAUGAUCACUGGGGGAAAAGUUAGAAAUCUCUUCAUACUGUGUUUUUAAGGCAAAAUGUAAGCACUAUUGCCAGCUCUGUUUUCAUGACCCUAAGGAACUGAAGUACUGUCCUAAAAGCUGGGGCAUCCAAUGAGCAUCUGAGGAUCCCCCAGGAAGCGGGAGCCACCAUGGGCACUGCAGGCUCUGCCAGCCUUGGCUGCAUCUUCUACUUCCCUGCUGCCAUGGGGCAGUGCGAAUGGAUAACCCACAUCCAGAGCCUGGAUGAGGGUGGGUACCUCUGCUAAAGAAAAGAGCUGGAGAAAGAGAGGGGGAUCUCUGGCUACUAACGCUAUCCUGGGCAACCAGAGGUUCAUUCUGGGGCUGAUAAAAGACCUAGAUCCAGCGUGCAAGAGCUGCAGACAGCACAUCAUGCUGCUGCAAGAAACGAGUUAGAAAAUAUUUGAGCAGUGUUUACUGCGUUGGAGGCAUCUCCAAAGCAAAGGCAGGACCAGAGCUGGGAAUUUUCCCCCACUGAUGUGUUUGAUCUCUUUUCCCCAGGGUAAAGUGGCAACCAGCUCUUCCAGCCCUGUUGUCACAGCUUCGUUACCAACCCCAUCCCAGGCCAGACACAUACCCAUCAGCGAGGGGGAGAUCUUCAAGCUUCCAGGCAGGCUGAGAAUCCAGCCCUCACUGUGGAGCAAGGAUGACGUGAUCCACUGGCUAAGAUGGACUGAGAAAGAGUAUUCCCUUCGGCAAACUGACGAAAGCAAGUUUGAAAUGAACGGCAAAGCCCUGUGCAUCCUCACCAAGGAUGACUUCAGAUACCGAGCUCCGAGCUCAGGUGAUGUGUUAUAUGAAAUACUCCAGUACAUUAAAACUCAAAGAAGAGCUCUGGUGCGCAGCCCCUUGCUGAACUCAUCCUUCAGGGAAGCCAGGAGCACAGAGGAAGACUGCAGGUUGCUGUGGGAUUAUGUGUACCAGCUCCUCUCUGACAGCCGCUAUGAGCCUUACAUCAAGUGGGAAGACAAGGAAGCCAAGGUCUUCAGGGUCGUCAACCCAAACGGACUUGCCCAGCUCUGGGGGAACCACAAGAACCGGAUGAACAUGACAUACGAGAAGAUGUCACGAGCACUCAGACAUUACUACAAACUCAACAUCAUCAAAAAGGAGCCAGGGCAGAAGCUGUUGUUCAGGUUUUUGAAGACUCCUGGGGAGAUCAUCCAUGAGAAAUCCAGCAAACUGGAGCAGCUGGAGAAUGAGGACAAUGAGGAUUUGAAAGAAGACCCGCUGGAGGUUUCACCAUAGGAAAUCUUUGAAGGUGGCCCUUACAGCGCAUCGCAGACAGACUUGUGCUCCACUGGGAAGUGCCAGCAUCUCUUGGAUCUCCUGGACAGAAGGCCGCAGAGCUGGUCCUGGAUUUCAAAACCUGCCCUGAACCAAAGCUGUGACAUCUCUGGGACUUCAUUAGCAAAACACACCCAGAAACUGUCCCCCAGCCCCGAAAGUGCAGGUGAACGUGUGGGCUGGUCUUCUGCUCGCCUCUCUUCUGUCUGCUGGGAGGGAACGGGGUCUUUUUGCUCUGUAAAUUUUGAUGUUUGUCUUUAAGGUUUGAACUGGCUGGUAAAGACUGGUCUGUUCUUACAGCAAGACGUGCUGAGCAGAGAGCACCGGAGCAUGCGCUCCUGGCCAAACAUCUACAGAAGUGCUUUUGGAGAGCGCAGUGGCCUGAAAUGUGAACACGCUGCUCUGAAUCUGAGCCUUUUCCCCAAUUUGAGAAUGGCCUUGUUGCAGAUACGCCGUACGCUGUAAUCUCACUGCCUCCUGCGGGGUUGCUCCUGUGAUUGAGGGUGGGAGCGUGCCGAAAUGUGCCUGGAUCAGGCCUGGCUGGAGCUCCAGGCUGCACGGACACCCUAAACUGGGUCUCACUCAGCUCCUUUCCCUCCAUGUAAUGCUUGUUGUAAUUAGCUGACUUAAAAAAUGUGAAAAGAAACAAAGCGAGUCAUGAAUAUGACCACACUCAUCGUCAGACACCUGGUUACGUGCUCUGAGUCCAAAGCAGGAAUACCUGCAACCCCGGGCACUGUUAGUGGCCUGGAAGGAGCAAUCUCUGUGUGUUAAA